CGCUUUCUGGAGAUAGUUGCGCGGGAAAGACAAAAACAUGGCGAUGGGCGCGAACCGGAGACACUAACGGCCCCGGCGCGGAAACGGCAACUGGAACAGGGGACCGGCUUCUGCGAUUAUUUGUUUUAAUUCCUCAUCCAUGGGAUUUUGUGUUUGAGUGGAAGAUGGAGGAUGUUGAGUCACGAUUUGCACAUCUUCUUCAGCCAAUUAGAGAACUCACAAAGAACUGGGAAAUUGAUGUGGCAUCUCAACUGGAGGAGUAUUUAGAAGAGUUGGACCAGAUCUGCAUUUCCUUUGAUGAUGGAAAAACAACAAUGAACUUUGCAGAGGCUGCAAUGUUGAUCCAGGGAUCUGCAUGUAUUUACAGCAGGAAGGUAGAAUACCUGUAUUCUUUGGUGUACCAAGCAUUGGACCUCAUCUCCAAUAAAAAGCGGAAUCAAAAGGCAUCAUCUAUUGGGGUGGAUGGUGCAGAUAACGACCUGUCCUUGGAUAAUCAGAAGGCUGAAUGGGAAUUUUUGUCUCUUGAUGACAUAGAGUGUCCGACAAAAAACAGCAUUAAUUUGCAGAACGAUGUCGGUUCUACUGUUGUGAACAUUAUUCCACUAACGCCAAUGGCACUGAUACCAUCAGAAGAAUUGGAAAAAAAGAAUAAUCCGCUGCUUAGCCGACGAGGAGAAAUCUUGGGCAGUCGCAAGGAUUUCCGAAUGAACACUUGCACUCCUCAUGCCAGUGGUGCUUUUAUGUUGGAGUUGAACAACGCAUCACCAAUGAACUAUUUGAAUAGGCAAGAGAACAAUGCAGAGCACAAUAAGAAUGGCCUGCAGGAUGUUGCACAAGACAUGGUGAUAGAGAAUAGCGACUGUGGCGCUCCUGUUCCUGUACUGCACUUUUCAGAUGCGGGAAGUGAUGAUGAUGGUGGUGAUGUUGAUGAUUGCUUUCUUCCACCGUUGCCAGAACAAAACAUGGAUCAGGAACAUGUGGCACAUCUGAAGGGUGUACCUGAAGCACGCAGGUACAUGCUCCGUGAGAAACAGGUGAUGGAGAUCGACCCAACACACAGGAAGGAAGUACUUGAUCCCUGGAGGAGCUUGGACCCUUUUGCAGCAACACAGGACAAGCCGUUCAAGAAAGGAAGGCAUUUUUUCAUUCCAUCAUGUAUCAAUGUCAUAGGAAGCAAACGGAAACGGAAAAACUUCGGAAAAUUGAAAGAGUUUGGGAAAUGGUUUUGUGCAACAUAUUAUGGUGGUCAGAGUGAUGUGAAGAGCAAAAGGAAAGGACCAAUGUUCGCAGAUAUGGAAGUUCUGUACUGGAAACACAUGAAGGAAAGACUUGGUGCACAAAGGAAGUAUCAGCAGAGGAUGAUUGCUCUACGUGGGCGGGUAAUAGAAGAGUUAGAAAUUGAAGCAGGGGAUGUGGAAGAAGAAUUAAAUGACUUGCAGGAUCAAGCCGAAGACCAUCUGGAUUACGAGGGAGUAGAAGAUGACAUUGAUUUGGAACAUGAAGUGAUUGGACCUCAGGAUAACCACAGCCCUAUGAAACUGGAUCUUCUUGGAGAAUCUGGAGGCGUGAGUUAUGAAGAGCUUGUCAGAAGGAACGUGGAACUGUUUAUUGCUAACUCCCAGCAGUAUGCUCAAGAAACAGCUCUGUCCCUCCGUGUAAAGGACUGGGAGGAUAAGAUUGGCCCACGAUUAGUGAAAGAAGAGGAGAGAGCUGCAUUUGCUAUCCAUGAUUAUGGGGAUAGAAUUGUGGAUGCACUUGAUUACAUUAAACAAAGACUUUCGUUUGCAAAUAUAGUGGCUGGGAAGGAGUCGUUUGAGGUGUGUCGAUACAUGCUGGCAUCGCUACAGUUGGCUAAUGAUUACACAGUGGAAAUAUGGGAAAGAGAUGGAUUAUAUGAGUCAGUUGACACAAUGGAACUCACCUUGCUGAGCAAAGUAAGAGCUCAUGAUCGGUUCCGCACCUACAUGGCUCCAUCCCUUUCCAACAAAUGAGAAAGCACGCAGACCUGCCUGUAUCAUUUGCAUCCUUAAAGCUAGAAACUCAUCUUCUUAUUGCUGAUAGCCAUACAUGGAGAAGGCUGUGCUGUUUCUACUUGAUUUAUACAACUAAUGUUAAUCGGUAAUGAACAAGUUGCCAGGGUCUUUAUUUUGAUGGAAACCUCCCUUUACAACUCGCUAAACUCCCAACAAAACAAUUUGUACAUUGUGACUUUGAAAAGAUAAUUGUGUAAUUUAUGUUGAUAUUUUGCUAUGUAAUCCCAGACUGUUUUAAAUGGGCUGUGUAUGGGACAUGUACAUUAUCAAUGCAUCAAGUAUCUGCAUCAUGUAUAGUACUUUUUUAAAGAAACCACUUACAGUAUCUGUUUGCUCGUAAAUUUUGUCUUGAGCUGAAGACUUCUAGCUUGCUCAUUAAAUUAUUUCCAAUGCCAUAACUAAGGCUGAAUUUUGGAUUUAUGCCAGAAAAGUUGUCUGGGCUCAAUCUCCAUGCCUCACUGGAAUAUCGGUAAAUGUCACUUUUGCAGAUUGUUCUUAAAUCUAUCUUCUUAUUUAACUAGAGUUGCUCCUCAGUGAGCAACAUUUUUGGUCUGCUUUUUGAGAAGUUCACCAGAUAUUGAAAUCUCUUCAAAUACUGUAACCUGAUGUUGGUUGUAACUUUGUAAGAUGCAACGCCUGUCCUGUUUUGGGGUUAUAGAGUUGGGAUCAAAGUUAUAGAAUAUUUCCCUAGUGUCCAUCCACUGCAAUCAUUUUCAGAAGCAUUGAAGUGGGGAUCAUGAGUGGGAUGGUGUGGAACAAGGAAUGAUGUUGAUUGGUAUGUUUAGGGAUGAUGUGUAUUGGGGUUCAUUGAUAUAACUGGUGAUCCUGAUAAGUUUUGGGGUACACAUUAAAUGUACUUUUAUAAAGUGCAGAAUUUUUAAUGAAAUUUUGUCUCAGGACAUGUAAACUUGCAUACUUUCUGUAUUUGGAUUUUUAUAACCAAUUUGGGAUUGGAAAAUCUGCAGAAAUAAGCCAUUCUCGAGGAAAUUUGUGCUACAUCCUGUUUCCAGAAGAGAAUAUUCUAUUGACCGUUAGAUACUUUGAGGAUAUAUCAAAAAAGAUGACAAACAGGAAAACAAAUAGGUGAGACUUGACAUUAUUUAGAUGGUGUUGGGGGCGAGUGGGAGUGGUGGCGAGGGGCAGUAAGUGUUCUCAUUGUUAAAAUAAUUUGCACAAUAAAAUUAACUGGCAACAAA